AUGGCUAAUAAGCAGAUCUACUAUUCCGACAAGUAUUUCGAUGAGCAGUACGAGUAUCGACAUGUGAUGCUGCCGAGAGAACUUUCAAAGCAAGUACCAAAAACUCAUCUAAUGUCUGAAGAGGAAUGGAGGCAACUUGGUGUUCAGCAAAGCCUUGGCUGGGUGCAUUACAUGAUCCAUGAGCCAGAGCCACAUAUUCUUCUCUUCAGAAGACCUCUUCCAAAGGAUGAGCGAAAAUGA